AUGCUGAUAGGUAACAAACAACGUAACUGCUUUUACUUUCAGUCUGGUGAAUGCAUUUGCAGCUUCCACGCUCGCUGCCCUUGCUGGGUUUAUGUGUAACUUCUCAAAGAAAAGGGUGAAAGGAUCUUUUUAAUAUUAUCUAAUGCUGCAGCCAUCUGCCAAUUAAGCUACUUAGAAACAAAGAUUAAAGAAAUCAGGUGCAGUAAAAAAAAACAAUGAUUAGCUCUGUAUAAGGAAAUUCCUGCCUGUUAAUAGCUUGGUCUAGUUUUAUCUCACACACCACACAAAAUAGCUCAGAGGUCUUACACUGAAGAAAAAUAGAGUUCUUUUCCCAGCACAUGUUUAGGUGCAGAAAGUACUCAAGAAAAUGAAUAAAACAAUGGAGGCAGAGGUCAGACGUCGCUCAUUGAGACGCAGUCAAAACAAACAAAACAUUGAAAUAGCAGAUGUCCAUUCCCCACCAGCCCAACACAGCGAAAAAAGGCUUCCUAAUAAGGGGUCCCAGCAGAGCAGUUCAAUGCUAAACCAGUACAAUAAUGAGUGGCAAUGUCUUGAGUGUUCACAGAAAGAAGCUGCAGAAAGAAAACUGCUAGAGAUGGAGAAAAACAAACCAGUUGAGGUUAACAUUAAAGAUGGAGGGCAGAUGCCCGAGACUGAGAACCAGAAUUCCCCAGCAGUGUCGCCUGGGUACAAUAUGGGUUACCGGAUGAGCAGUCCAAAGACAAAACCCCAGUCUACAGGAGUCACAUCGGAAAGCUCAGAUGGUCUUCAUAGAGCUUUCGUCUUGAAAGUGGACUGCUUUACAACACUUCUCUUGGCCAUAACAAUUGGUAUAAUCUCUGGAUUGAUUUACUGGAACAUGCUUCAAGGAUGUCAGCAGAAGAAUCUCUGGUUUUGGCUUAAACUUCUUCCAGCAACUAUUAUUCUGCUGUUUAUAACUGACUGGUGUGAGAACAACUGCAAAAAAUUCCCACUGAACUUAAUUUUACCAUUGAUGAUUACCAUUAUCGAAGGCCUGUUGCUUGCAGUGGUUUCGUCCUGCUUUGCUGCCAUGACGGUAAUGCAGGCUGGAGGAAUAACAGCAUUUGUGACUUUGAUGCUGUCUUGGGUUGCUCUAAAGUCAAAAUUGAAUGUCACUCGUGAAGCUGUGCCCUCCUGGAUUGUGGUCUCAGGAAAUUUGUUAAUCUCUAAGAUGCCAAAACUCCUGCGCUUUUUGCGGAUACAGAUUAACAUAGCUCCUAAUUUAAUACCUGUCUCAAUGCUGGUCAUCGUUGGAAUUUUCUGUAUCCUUGACAAAUCACCUACACUACAACUAAGUUAUGCUUCGGCUGGAACGCUGACCUUUGCAAUUCAUUUGAUGAUGACACAAGUUAGGAUCAGACGAGAACCCACAAAGGAUCAAGAACCCAUUGAUUAUGCCCGUGCAGCACUGAAUCUCUACAUAGACAUUGUAACCCUUUUCUUCUUCGUUCUGCAGUUUAUGGAGUCAACUGUUUGGAUUGCUGCCCCCCCUCACGGGCAAGGGCAGCAAUGAGUUGUUAUUUUGGAGUGGGGGGUUGGUAAUCCUCCCAUCUAGUGAGAGAAGUACACUACGUGGUUAGACUGAACUGUUUUUAUCCAUAUAGUGCCCCUGCUUCUUGGUCCCUGUGGAAGGGGGCUAGGUUAAUGUUGUGGGAACACCCCCCUUCCCUCCUAUGGGAGUGUGAAACACACUAGUACAGUGGUUUUCAAAUUUUUUUUUUUGCACUUGAAAUUUGCUGAGGGUCUCGGCGGACCACUUAAUGAUCUUUCCAGAUGUUGUUUGUACCAUUAGCU